AUGGUCAAAGCUGUUGUCGCCGGCGCCUCGGGCGGAAUUGGACAGCCGUUGUCCUUGCUCUUGAAGCUCUCCCCGCUCGUUGACGAGCUCGCCCUGUACGAUGUAGUCAACACUCCCGGCGUCGCCGCCGAUCUCUCCCACAUCUCGUCGGUUGCGAAAACCACUGGUUACCUUCCGGCCAACGAGGGUGCCAAGGCCGCCUUCAAGGAUGCCGACAUCAUCGUUAUUCCGGCUGGCAUUCCCCGCAAGCCUGGCAUGACCCGCGACGACCUCUUCAACAUCAACGCUGGAAUCGUCAAGGGACUCAUCGAGGUGGCUGCUGAGGUCGCGCCCAAGGCGUUUAUCCUCGUCAUCUCCAACCCCGUCAACUCGACGGUCCCCAUCUCGGCCGAGGUUCUUAAGGCUAAGGGCGUCUUCAACGCCCAGCGCCUCUUCGGUGUCACCACCCUCGACAUUGUCCGCGCUGAGACCUUCGUGGCCGAGGUCGCUGGCAAGUCCACUCCUCAGGAGCUGACUGUCCCCGUUAUCGGAGGACACUCUGGAGAGACGAUUGUCCCUCUGUUCAGCCAGGUCACCCCCAAGGUGACCAUCCCUGAUGACAAGUACGAUGCUCUGGUCAACCGUGUUCAGUUCGGCGGUGACGAGGUUGUCAAGGCCAAGGACGGUCUCGGAUCCGCCACCCUCUCGAUGGCCUAUGCCGGCUACAGAUUUGCCGAGAAGCUUCUCAAGGCUCUCAAGGGCGCCAAGGGGCUUGUCGAGCCCAGCUACGUCUACCUCCCCGGCAUUCCGGGCGGCAAGGAGAUCCGCGAGAAGACUGGUAUCGACUUCUUCUCGGUUCCGAUCGAGCUUGGGCCCGGCGGUGCCGAGCGUGCCAUUGACAUCCUUGGCGACAUCACUGACAAGGAGAAGGAGCUGCUCAAUGUUGCGGUCGAAGGCUUGAAGGGCAAUAUCGAGAAGGGUGUCGCCUUUGCCCACAACCCCCCUCAAAAGUGA